AUGAAGUCGAGUACUUUGUUUAUGUUUUCUUGUCUUCUCAUGUUUUGUGUUCUCAAUCACGUGAAACAGGUGAGAUCGGGGGUGUCUAGUACGAAGGCGAAGAAGGUGUGCACAAAGUCACAAGUAUUCGAAAAAAAUUGUGGGUUGGACGGAAACAAGACAUGCAUCAAAGGCUUUAAUAAAAUCAAACAGUACCCUUUUCAUUGCGACUGUGACCUUUACAUUCCAACCGAGAGCAAACGUUUGUGCACAUGUAAAUUUCCAACAACCCCUUGCUAG